AUGGCCAAUAGUAGUAGUGUUCAGUGUGAACAUAAGGCAUUAACAAGCUCUCUCCAUCGAGCUCUAUCUAUGGCCACAGCCUUGACUUGGGUUGAUUCCAACUCUCUUUUGCGUUCCUUUUUGAUUGACAUUGAUGAUCUACACUACGAAUUUCAUCCUAAUGCUACUAAAUCGGCUUCCCUUUAUUUGGUCAAUUGUGGCAGUCAAAGAAAACUUUACGGAUCCGUUUCCUAUGAGGAGGAAUUGAAUAAUUUGCGUCUAACUAAUUGGGCCACAAUUGCGAGAAGCAAUGGAAAAAGAGUCACAAUUUACAAUAUUACAAUUGAUAUUUGCGAUUUCUUAAGGAACUCAUACAGCCAAGUAAAUCCCUUUUUUCGUGCUAUUAUGCAAAUGUUGAAGUCUUACGUUCAAGGCAUACCCAAGAAAUGUCCCUUAAAAAAGAAUGUAAUAUUAAUGGUCAAGGGAUUCUAUUACAAUGAAGAACUGUUUCCACCUUAUAUUCCUGAGGCCAAUUUCACCGGCUAUUUACUCUUGAGCCGUGGAAACACUUCUGUUCUAAAAGUUUCCUUAGCAGCUCAUGUGGUGUCCAAAAUUAAGCGGCGCUUACCCUCCAACAAUACAAAGGCGAAAGAAUGCACAUCUUGA